UAAGUCCGUACAAAAGUGACGGGGGUUGCUUUGCUUUGCUAUCUGAAUUUUGAUUCUCAACUAUCUCACAGUGUUCCUAAAAUCAAGAAUUAGACAUUUCUAGGGCACAGCAUUUUCAGAAAUUCCCAAUUUCACACGAGCGAAAGAGAGGGCUCCACCAGUGAAAUUGAGCAGUUUGGAGAAAAGAGUAGCGUAAUUAGAUUUUUUUGUAUAUUACAGAGAAAAGGAAGGGAGUGGACAAAAAAAAAAGUUAGGGUUUUUGGAGGAAGAAGAUGACGGAUGUGGUAUUGCAUAUAUAUGAUGUGACAAAUAGCGGAUCCGAGAAAACGAACAACACCAUUGUUCAGAUCAAUAAGAUCUUCAAGGACGGUAUUGGUCUUGGGGGUAUUUUCCACAGCGCCGUACAGGUUUUUGGUGAGGAUGAAUGGUCAUUUGGGUUCUGUGAGCAAGGAACUGGUGUUUUUAGUUGCCCUGCAGGUAAGAAUCCAAUGUAUUCCUACCGUGAAGCCAUUAUUCUUGGGAAAACAAACUUUCCAAAUUUCAAGGUUAAUCAGAUCUUGAGGGAGCUUAGCAGAGAGUGGCGUGGAGAUUCAUAUGAUUUGUUAUCAAAAAAUUGCAAUCACUUUUGUGAUGAGUACUGUGAAAGGCUUGGUGUGCCAAAGCUUCCAGGUUGGGUUAAUCGUUUCGCUCAUGCUGGUGAUGCCGCCAUGGAAGUAGCAGGAACCACAGCAUUAAGGUUUAGACAAGCUAAAACAGAGAUUGUGACAGCAAGCAAAGUGGCAUAUCGUUUUCUCUUGGGUGUUACCAACAAUGUGGCAACACCUACUGAAUCCUCUGGAAAUUCAAACAGAGGUUCCCCUAGAUUUCAAGGUACUUGGUUUAAGAACUUGGUUACAACUGGGGCCAAACCUUCAACUAGUUCAGAGAUUGAGAAUCAAGAAGAGGAUUUUCAUCGCCAACACCCGCAUUCAGAUGUAGUGUCACAACAGCGGCAAAAUUCACAAUCUCGACAUGAUAUUUGAAUGUUAGUUUAUUAAACAUGCUUGUUAUAUGUAGCUGAGACCAUGCAAAAAUUAUUGACGUUUGCUAUUCAUUUGUGUAUGAAUGUAAAAUUUUCUUUUAUUGUUUAACUGAAAUCUGCUUAUAGAUGAUCCCAAAGCUUAAAUGUUCUUAUAGUGCGAGCGAGGAUAUGGAACACACUACCAACUGUUCCAAUUUCAUUCUAAAUCAGUCAAUGUUUUGCAUAA